AUUAAUAAAAGAACACCGAUGGCUUUCCUGGUAGAGCACCAGAUAUGCUAUUCUGUGACCCUUUGAUAUCACAGCCUUCAUCCGUUGAUCUAAACUCGAUAUUCUUAACAUUAAUACCGGAGAAGAUGAAUUCAAGAUUUUCCUCUAUCACCUUUUGUUCAUCAAAAGGCAUUUCCAGCUCCAAAGGAUCAAGAGACCUCUUUUCUUUAACUUCAUUAUUCAUCAUGGCUGCAAAUUUCAUUGCUUUCCCCAGAGAUUUCUUGUCUCUAAACUUAGCUUUCAUCUGCUGGAUGGGCUUCUCUUUCGGAUUCCAUUCGUCGUCGUACCCAAUCUCAAGCAAGGCUCUAAUAGCAGCUUGCUGCUCUUCUGGAUAAGUUUUAGCAUAGAAUACUAUACAGUUGUCAUAACUCUUUUGGUUGAUUUCCCCACUGGUGUUGGAUUGCCUUUGUUUCUGCUUCUGUUGCUGUCUGAACCCGGUCAUCUUGUCAUACAUCACAAUAAAGUCGUGUUUACAGAACUUAAUGAAGUUAAAGAUCUUCCCCUGGUUGAUAUCGUAAUCAGCAGUCCUCUCUGGCCACCUCGAGUUCACUAUCAGCUCUGGGCAUUCCCUGUGGUUCUCCGUCUUCAAGAUUGCUGGCAAAAACUCCUUUUGGUAGUAGUACUCACAGAAGUGAGGGAUUAUUGGUAAUACCAGUAACAGUUGGACUUCAAUGAAUUUCAACACUAAGUGUGGAUUUAAAUCAUUCUUUUUGAAUAACACAUAGUCGUCUCGAAUUCCUUGUAGUUCAUGGAAUCCGAAUUUAAGAGCAAGUUUAUACUUCAUUUCAUUGUACAUCUGAUAAGUACUUCCGAUAAUUCUGUUCAUCUCAUUUUCAAAGAACUUAUCAUACUUAUCGAAAUCUUCACCAUAUUUCUCCCAGUCAAUUUCUUCAAGAUUUAUCUUGUCAAUCUCUUCAGUGAUCCAAUUUCCAAGAACAAAUUGCUUCAUGAUUGAAGCAUUUGCUACCGCUUCUUGGAAGUUGCCAUCAUCAAGGGUAUCUCCAGCAUCAGCAAGGGCCAUUCUGGUUGCUGAUGAAGAAUAUUCCUUACAGGAUUCGAUGAUAGUCAAGAAGUUACCUUGACUCUUAGACAUUGGUUUGUUAUUUAAUGACAUAUAUCCAUUACAGAACAUGCUUCUUGGCAUCAUUUCUUUCUUCUCCCAAAUGGCAGCGUGGUUAUACAAGCACAUCACCAAAUGGUUUCCGAUCAAGUCUUUUCCUGAACAUCUCAAGUCCAUUGGGUACCAGUAGUUGAACUCGUUUUUCAGUAAUUCAAGCUUGUCUUGAGCAAUAGUACAUCCUUCUGGAUAUUCUCCAUCCAGGAAAAUGUAGCUCCACACAGCAUCGUUAAAAUCUUCAGGUUUAGCUCCGAGAGGUCCUGGAGUGCUUCCGUCCAUAACACCUCCCUGAAUCAAGUGAGCAACUGUGUAGUAGGCCAUGUAAAUAGUAGAGUCAGAGAGUGACUCGAUUACAUAUUGCUCAUCCCAUGGGACCUUGGUUCCGAGACCGAAAGUUCUUGAAAAUCCCCACUGCUUCAGCCACUCGAUGAUAUCUUCGAAUGACUUUUGUGUGGUCUUUGUAUAAGCAUUGAAGUUGUCAGAUGUUACAUGCUCCUUAAUAAAGUUCUUCCAAUCUUCUUCUCCAUAUUUCAAAAGCCAUUGGUCAACUUUAGCAACAAUGCAUUCAUCCUUACUUCUUGAGAUAACCUUCUUAUCAGGCUCGAAGUAAAUAAGAGCAUCUCCAGUCUCAACAAGCAUGUCCUUAACCUUAUCCUUUGCGACAGAGACCUUCUCUCCAAUGAAGUCUCCAUACGAAAAGACUCCUUGGUUAAAUCCCUUCUUAUACGCAAUAUCCUUGGCCUCUUCAAGUUUCUUUACAUCUUUCUGGCUUUUAAUUUUCAUUUUCUUGCACAAGUCCACAGCUAUCAUGCCUACUGUUUUCUUUGAGUCUUUUUCAGAAAUAUUAAUGAUUGGGAAUGGGUCAUAGUCCUUGACCCACUCUUCCUCAACCUUUAGCUUCUUUCGAACAUCAGCUUUGUUUUUGUACUCCAUCAAAGUGGCGUAAUCUGUUGGGGAGUCUGAUGGGACUGAAGUUACAACUCCAGUACCCUUGUUCAUUGAGAUGGUCAGCAAUGGAAGAGUGUAGAUCUUCUCAAAUUUUGAUAAUGGAGCUUUCAGUGGGGUUCCGAUCAACACAGAUCCCUUGACUUUGCCAACUUGUUCAUAUUUACCAAAUUCUUCAGUGAGAUCCUGAUAAGCCAUGUUCUUGGCGGCUCUCUCAGCCAUGAUGAAGUAUUGGUCACCUGGCAUCUUGAAUAUUCCAUAGUUUCCAUCUGGUAGCACAAAGCAGUUGGUCUGGCCAUACAUUGUUUCUGGUCUCAAUGUGGCUGCAAUCAAGAACAAGUCUUUGUCUUCAUAUUCUUUGAGUUCUUCUGGUAGCUCGAUGACUCUGAGUUUAACUGCGGUAUAUUCUUGUGGGACAGCACCUUCACCCUGAGAUCUAUCAUGAUCAGCACAAGGCUGUCCGUCAAGAACUGAGUACACAGCUGGUCUCUUACCGAAAACAACUUUGUCUCUGGCUUUCAACAAAUUGAAUUGCCAUUUAAUAAACGAAUCAUAGUAAGGAUUCUUAGGAGUGGUGAUGAAAGAUCUUCUCCAAUCAGUAUUUAGUCCAAGCACCUGAAGAUCAGCUCUUCCCUUAGGUGUAAAGUAGUCAAGCCAGUACUCAGGAUCUUCAAAAUUAUCAAUCUCGUCCUCUGGAACUCCCAUACUUUCAAGUAUAUGUCUUUGUGUCUUAAACCCUGGCUUGACCUUGCCUUCUGCUAUCAUUUGUUUCUCCAUGACCAGUCUUUUGGCAGCUGCUGCUAUUGGCAUCCCUGUGCAGUGAAAUGCAAAGGGGAAAAGGACUCUUUUACCUUUUAGUUUCUCAAACCUUGUGGCGAACUCGUUCUUUGAAGAAGAAAAUGCAUGGCCGAGGUGCAGCCUUCCGUUAGUAUACGGGUACGGAAAUGUACUAAAGAAUUUCCCUUCCUGCGCACCUCCCACUGGAGCGUCAGCUUCAUGAACCUUGGCUUCAUCCCACUUGGCUUGAACCCUCCGUUCAAUCCCAAGCAAGAAAUCUCUACGUGUAUGACCUCUGUUCGUUGAGAAAUCUAAACUAGGAAUAAGAGUUACACUUCUCGUCCUGAAUGCAAAGUUAGAUAACAUUUUUAAUGUG